AUGUCCUCCCAAGCCGUCACCAUCACAUACGCCGGCCCGCUAGUAUUUCUCUCCACGGACCAUUGGAAACAAAUAUAUGCGUCGCUAUUGUCCCAGCUUCCUCUCAGAAACCUGCACUGGAAGUCCUCCGCUCGGAAUGCCCUCCGCUCUAUCCAGGAGCUCGACGUGAAGCUCGUCGCGCUUGAAACGCUCCGCGAUGACCAUGCUGCAUCGCAGGUGCCGCAGACUGUACUUGACAAGCCACUUUUGAACAUGUACAUAUUCAUUUGUGAGGACAGCGAAUCCUAUCGGGUGAACAACCGUAAACACAUCAAAGAGUGGCACGCGUCCGUUAGCCAGCGCAAGAAUCAAGAGUGGCUCAUUGUUCACGUCGUGCGGCCAGACCAAAAUGUGGCUCAAGGGAGGUUGUUUCAGAUGAAAGCGUCAGUGCUUGACAAGGUCAAAGCGGACUUCAAUGCAGACAAGAAAGACCGAUGUGUGCAGCUCGUGUGGUCUGCAGAGAAAGACAGCCCUGCUGUCUGGGCCGACCUUGUCACCAAGGUCAAGGAUGGGAUCUUGUCGGCCUUCGAUGGAGCGUUGAAGCAGCGGGAGGACGAAGUAAAACGGUCGGAAGGACAACGUCAGAUGCCUGGUUGGAACUUCUGCACAUUCUUCAUUCUCAAGGAAAGCGUGGCGAAUUCUCUUGAAGGCAUGAACCUUUAUGAAGACUCUCUGCAACAGUACUUUGAGCUUGAGGAGAUAUUCUCGCAAGUACUAAGAGAAAAAAACCUUUCAUGGUUCGGCACCUUGAUCACACCCACUCCCAACGACGACUCUGCUCCUCUUCUGUCGGUGGAUAAGAAACCAUACCGUGAUCUAAUUCUGGCCAACACUAUCUCUGUCUUCGACUUCCGUAUAUACCUACUAUCCCGUGAAUGCGCUCUGCUCGGCAAAAUGGGCGAUAUGGAAGAGCUCUGUCGGAAAGCGGCCUCGUUUCUCAGCACAUUCGCAAGAACCUUGCGUGAAGUUGAGAACACGCUGGCCCCAUUCUUCAUCGAAUCAUGGAUCUACUCUUCGGCACUGUCUGUCGUUGACCAGAGCGAAGAUUGGGCGCGCACACUGCAGCUAGAUAAACCGGCCUUGGCGUCGUUCAACGCUGCAAAGGGAGAGCUCGUUGAACUUGCCCGCCACCAGCUGGACAUCCUGGGAAUCGCUGCGGGCUUCCUUCCUAACAAACCCCCGUUCUCUCUCGCACUCCCUUCUUUUAUCAACCUCGCGGACAAGAGUCCCAGAAACCGACGUGCAUCCAUGGACCUGACGAUCACACGGCCGGAAUUGCUCUCCUCGUUAGUAGAUGCAGAUGCGCUUUACGAUCAAUACGUGAGCAUAACCAACCGUGCCAUCGACCUCUACGUAACCGCCGGCCGUCGCAAAUUUGCAUUGAAGAUGCACGGUUCCUUGGCGGCGCUCGAUGUUCACCGGGACCGUCUGGGCAACGCGUUGCAAACAUUUACAUCACUUCCUGCACACUACUCGCCUCAUGGCUGGACGUCAUUAGAGGCAUUCAUGCUGAAUCGCGCUCUAGAUAUCCAUGCUUCGACGGAGAAGACGAAAGAUAGGGAGUGGAUCCACAUCUUGCUGCAUUUCCUUCGAGCAUAUGUGGACGGCAUGGGCCGCGAUCUGCUCAUGAGUGAAGAGGACAGCAAGGUAUAUGUGGAGGGUCUUGUGGCCUCGCUCAAGGAUGCAGCUCAAGAGAUGGAUUCAGACAUACCAUCCCCUGACCACACUGUGCUCUCCGUCUCUCUACCAUUUCGCGAUGCUACGCUUGCAGAGAGUCGAGAUGGGGCACUCCUCGGAAUUGUGGUUCAAAACAAGCUUCCUUGUGCAUUACCCGUUGAUGAGGUCGAAGUCCAACUCGGCGGAAGAGACAACACCAAGAUCACAUUUACCGUCAAAGUAGCAAGUCUCGCUCCCGGGCUCAACAAGCUCACCGCAUUCUGUCCUUCGUCAGCCCCUGGUACGUAUGCUUUGUUCAGCACUCAAAUUACUAUGUCUCGCCUGCUUUUCCAAUGGAAACAUACGAAGACGGCGAAGCAGAUCCGCGCCGGAAACCUACCCACAUUAGUACACAUUCCGAAAGACCAUUGUGCGCUCGAUGUCAAGUUGAAGCAACCACCACGAAUCGAGCUUGGAAUACCGUCAAGAGCCGUCGUAGUAUUGUCAACUGGUCGAAACGAGGUUGCUUCCGCCGUGGUGAAACUGGGUGCACCAUCCGGUGUCACCUUCAAGUAUGCAGAGACAGAGAUGAUCGGGGACGACCCACCGCCGUUCCGAACCGAGAAUGACUGCGUUAUGUUCUUGGACAUAAAGCCAGGGCAAACCGUCGCUGCUUCAAUACCUCAUUCAGACGCCUCGGCCUACCAUUACAUGAAAGUGACUAUAACUGUCGACUAUGUGACCACAUCCGAGCAAGCAAUCACCCGAACUUUACGCCUCAAUCGGAUGAUAGCCACUUCGCUUCCUGUGGCAAUCAACGUGGAGGACUUCUUCCGUGGCACAAGGCUAGUGGCCCUUCCAACGUUGUUUACUAUGUUCACGUUGUCCACCACGUCUCACCAGCACGUUCGCGUGAAGACCACCCAGCUGUCAUCGCAAUCAGAAUCCAGUGGUGUCAAGGUCACAGGCUGCACGGCGCAGAAGCCGAGCGUUGUGACGAUCACACCGGUGCAGCCGGGGCGGUUUUUGUUCCAGAUGGAUUCCAUUCGAGGCCAAGUUCGCGAGGGUCUCAAGUUGCAUAUCAUGUACCGGAUGCUUCGCGAAGAGGUCGAGUCGUUGGUCGAGCUUGCAGUCAAAGAAGCCGUAGCAGAGGAUGCAGAUAUAGCGCCUCAUCGCCAAGACAUCGUCGACAAGCUGGUGCAAUCUCUCGAGUCCAGUGCGACAUGGGUAGAAUUGUACGGGGUGACAGGCGAGCUUGUACCACCCGGUGUGGAACCUAGUGACGACCAGAUAGGCAAAGGACUCCGGCGAGCAUUGGAGAUCUUGAAGCAGAAACGGACACCCAUCUCGUUUGGAGACUGGAGGGAAAUCGUCAUUCCUGUCGAUGUCCCUCAGAUGCACAUCCUGGCAGCUGCCAGACUGCAAAUCUUGGAGAAUCCCGUUGCGGAGGGUACCACGAAGACGGAGAGGCGCAAGCGCCCGCUAUAUGCUGGCCAACCCAUCUCUGCGCUUCUCGCUGUCCAAACGUCCUUCCAUUGGGCACCCCUGGAAGACAAGAAGGUCGAAUCCUAUCACAUGCGGUACGAAGUGGAGGACCUCAUCAAUGACUGGCUCGUAAGUGGGAGAAAGAGAGGAGACUUCACAGCAAGGGUGAGCCACUUGCACCGUGACGGCGAAACACUUACAGUACCGGUGACUCUCAUAGCGCUGCACCACGGAGAGCUUGCUCUUCCCAAGAUCAGUGUCACGGCUUUGCCUAUCAUUGCCGGUGGAGAGCAUAGGAUGCGCUCAAGUGUGGUACCGGGGUGUGAUACGCACCAAGUCCAUGGAGCAGAGAAGGUGCUAGUGCUUCCCCGAGGUGGACGUACCACGUUUGUGGUCAACAUGGGAAAUAAUGAUGCAAUUAAUCCAUUGUAG